UUUCAAAUUUUUUAAAUACUUUUGUUCAUGACAGAAAAAUCAGGAAAAAUAAUGUCAUACAUUUUCAGUAAAUGGUCAUUUGUCAAUUUGGUGAAAACGAAAGACUUUACUGGCCACCACUAACAUUGGUGGAUAACUUUUCGAGUUCUUUGAACGUGUGCAAGUCGCUAAACACCGAAAAAUGUCAACAACUCCAAAUUCCAAUAGUAGUGGUAGCAACAACAACAACACCAGUAGCAAUAUUAAUACGGGCAACAAACCACAGAAGCAACAACAGCAAAGUCAGGACACUUACAGCGACAGCAGCAGCAUUGAGGAGAACCUUGAGGCUGCGGAGGAGCGUAGACGACGCAUAUUAAAAAAUCGCAGCCGGAGUAGCACGUAUAUGCAAAGGCAGCAACAACAGCACAAUAGCAUGAGUGUUGCCAGUGGAGCCGUCUCCAAAAUCGACAAAUCCAUGAUGCCCUCCACAAGUAGUGGAGCGGCAGCUGCAGUUUCUGCAGUGCGUCCACCCGACCGUAUUUCCAUGCUGGUCGAUGGCGUCCGGUUCACCGUGGAGCAGACUCUCCUUACAGCACAUCCCAACACAAUGCUGGGCACUAUGUUUGGCACUGGUUUUCAGUUUGUCCAUCCAAACGAGCGUGGCGAGUACGAGGUUGCCGAUGGUAUCUCGCACUUGGUGUUCCGCUCUAUACUUGAGUACUACAAAAGUGGUGUAAUACGCUGCCCGCCCACUGUUUCCGUGCCGGAACUAAAAGAGGCCUGCGACUAUCUGCUCAUACCCUUCGAUGCGACAACUGUACGCUGCCAGAAUCUAAGAGGCCUGCUCCAUGAGCUGAGCAAUGAGGGUGCGCGCCAGCAGUUUGAGGUCUUUCUAGAGGACCUCAUACUACCGUUGAUGGUGGCAUCUGCCCAGCGUGGCGACCGCGAAUGCCAUGUUGUGGUGCUGCUCGAUGACGACAUGGUAGACUGGGAUGAAGAGUUCCCGCCACAAAUGGGGGAGGAGUACUGCCAGACUGUACACAGCACUGCCAUGCAUCGUUUCUUUAAGUACAUUGAGAACCGGGAUGUGGCCAAGCAGGUAAUGAAGGAUCGUGGCUUGAAGAAAAUACGCUGCGGUAUUGAGGGCUAUCCGACGCACAAGGAGAAGAUACGCAGACGUCCUGGCGGUCGUGCUGAGGUUAUCUAUAGCUAUGUGCAGCGACCAUUUAUACACAUGUCGUGGGAAAAGGAGGAGGCCAAGAGUCGUCAUGUUGAUUUUCAGUGUGUCAAAUCCAAGUCAGUUACAAAUCUCGCAGAGGCGAAUGCCGAUCCGCCCUUGGAAUUGGAUGCCAGUGGUAACCCCAUACCGCCCCCAGUUGUGGCUGUGGUCAAUGCACAUGCAAACGAUGUGGAUGCCGGCUUUGUGGGCGUGCCUGUGGGUGCUGUGGCUGCCGUUGUAGCUGUGGAUGAAGCAGCCGGCGGUGUUGUUAUGCUCAACGAACUGGAACAAGCAGGCGCUGCAGCGGGCGCGGGCACCAUUGAUGAACAUGUGUAGGGUUUCUAAACACAUAUAAGUAAUACUCCAUAGGAGCUACAGCAUACACUGCCAGGUUAGCAGCACGCACAUGUGAAGUAACGCUUUCUAUGUUUUUUUCAACCAACAAUUUUGUAUAUGCAAAUUCCAAUUAAACUUGGUAAUCGAAAAGAA